AUGCCUAGCAUGACGCAUGAUAGUUCCCGGUCAGAAAGGCAUCCCCCCACCAACUCUCGCCCUUCGGUGAUUGCCAAAGUGCUCUUGUCUACAUCUGCCACUCCAGCUGUGCAACCCACGUCGUCCGCACCUUCGUUUGGUUUGCACGAGCGACAGCAUCGCAGUCGCCCUCCGUCUAUAGUCACGUCAAAAAUGUAUACGAGUCCCGGGGGACAGUAUCACGACCGACCUAUUCCGGCCAUCCCAGCUAAAUUUGACCUGUCCUCACCUCGACAGGACAUGCCUUCUUACUUGCAGCCUGACACAUCUAGCAUGCUCGCAACCAUAUCGCGAUGCGCAACGUUCUCUACGUCAAUCAAGCCACCAGAUGUGCCUAAUAAGUCGCGGGAGAACUCGACAUCCGCGUCAACAGCGGCGGUGGAAGCUGCAGCAGUAGGGGUGGCAGCCCUCGAGCGCGAAAUCGAGCGGAUGAAGAUCGAGAGCCGAUUCCGUCAAAUCGCGUACGACCAACUGGCUGCAAAGCACCAAACGUUGGUGCUUCGGUCCGCCAACAUGUGUAGCCAAAGCACGGUCACCGACUGCAUUGAUCAAGUUGCCCAAGGGACCAACACGGACGUUGAUUACGAGCGUGAAAUGUCCAAACUCACCACCAAAAUCUCGUCCUUCCAAUUUCUCCAAGAAGUAGAUCGCAACUUAAUGGAGUCCAUGCGUCGCGACCACACCACACAACAGUCGGAUUUUCUGGCUGCCAAGGCCAGCCUCGAAACGCGACUUCAGGACGUGACACUGGACCUUCAAACUGCUGAAGCCGGGCGUAGCACUACGUUGCAACAAGUUCACGACUUGUCCACUGCUUUGGCCUCAAGUCAGUCGUCGAAGGCAGCUCUUCAGAAUGGCCUGGAGCAGCUGGAAGGCGAGUGCAGGCAAGCAACACAUUCGUACGCAGCUUAUCUUCGGCAACAAGAAGUCAAUGCUGUCGAGUUUAACAUGACAGAGAGGUUGCUCAAAGAAGAAAGGAACGAUCUCGAACGCAACUACCAUGAAAUGAAGCAACAGCAUCAGUCGGCGAUCACGAACAUUCGAGAUAUGGAGCAUUUAACUUUGCGUUUGCAAGGUGAUCUGACCAGAGUCACUGUCGAAUUGGAGGCCCAACAAAAGGCCAUGAGCCUGGCUCAGUCCGACAGCAGCGCGCUUCAAGCCAAGUGCGUUGCGAUGUCAGCAGCAUACGACGCUGUAUCUGCAAAGCUGGCUGCCACGCAAAACGAAUUGACAGCACAAUCACAAUUGAUGACACAGAUGCAUCAAACACACAAUGCCGAUAGUGAUAUGGUGGCCACGUUGACAAGGCAGCUGCGGGAAUUGCAGGACGCCAAGGACUUGAUGCAAGCCGUCCACGAACGGCACACCCAAGCCUGUGAUGACGUAACCCGUGCGCUUCAAGCCAAAUGCGUCGCAAUGGCCACUGCAAACGACGCUGUUUCCGAAACGUUGACUGCUACGCAAGGCGAAUUGACGAGGCAGUUGCAGGUGGUGGCUCAAAUGAAAGUUCAGCACACUGCCGAUAGCGACCUUGUAGUUGCGUCGCAGCGCCUGCUGAAGGAUACCAAGGACAGAAUGGACGCAGCCCAAGCUCGACAAGUCCAAGCGUGGGAUGUCGAGCGGGGGUGCUUGAAGGAGCGCGUGGCCAUCUUGGAAGACUCGAUCGAAGGCCUUCGCUUGACCAACGAUGCGUGGCAGGUCAAGUACCAAGCCAUGCACUGCCGCGUGGGGGACAUGACGUCGCAGUUGGAAGCUCUGCAGCUCCAGUGCGCAGAUGCGUUGUCCACAAGCGACGACACAAAUGCAAAGUGCGCGCGGGACAUGGACCACUUGGCGCGCACAAAUGUCGACUUGCACGACGCGUUGGUGGCACUCACAGCGCAGCACGAGGCGAAUUGCAACCACUACGACCUUGCAGUCGAGCGAAUCGAAGCGUUGGAAGUAGCGGGCGCUCAAACCACCGUCAAGUUGAACCUGGCGGCGUGUCAUCGCGAGAUGCUGGUUCAAACAUUGAUCAAACUAGACGACCAGUGGACCCAAGCCCUAGCGUUGGCGUCACAGAACGCUCAAACGGAGGGGGCAGCCGCAGUGGCGGCGAAAGAGAAGCAAUGUGCUGAGCUGAGGGAUCAAAUUGUGUCGAUGGACGCGAUGUUACAUUCGUCAACUGAAUUGAACGACGCCCUGGCUCGGAAAUGCGACGACUUGGAAGCGCAGUGCCGAGUGGCAGAUGCCUUCAAAGACUCGUGCCAUGAACUCUUGGCCCGAUGCGACAGCCAAGACGCGUGGUUCGAUGCCGUCGACAGAGUACAGCUUCCACCGACGCCAACCCUGAAUGAACCAGUGCUAUCCCCCACCAUGGAAACACAACCGACGGACGACAUAUUCCAUGGAAGUUAUGAAGUUGUGGCGGAGAUAGCACCAAUGGAAAUGAUCGAGAAACAGGACGAUGGACGUAUCGUGGCGGUGGUGGUGGGGGCGUACCGGGUUCAAGCUGGGUUGGUGUCGGCCCAAGAGGAUGGAUGGUCGUUACCCAUGCUGCAGUGGGAGGUGGACCAACACUUGUGCAAAGUUGAACACGCCGUGUCCCCCUCCUCCUCCAAGAUCGUCAGGCGCCACUCCCUCUGUAUCCACCGCUCCCACAGCCCCGACGAGGAUGCCCCCAAGACCACGACCGCGUUUUGGGCCAACCUGUUUCACCACCUUGGCAUUCUCGAGUCCAAGGCCGUUCAAAAGAUGGUGGUGGUGCAUCCGUGUGGCUGGCACGACGACGACGAAGGCAGCGCCGUCCGCCAACUGCUGACGGAGCACCACGUGCAUCGAGUCAUCGUCACGACCACGGCCCAAAUGGCACUGAAAGCUGCGGGCAUGAGCACCGGCCUCGUCGUCGAGUUCUGUGUCGACGGCACGUUUGUCAUCCCGAUCUACGACGAUGCGAUUGUGGCCCACGCAGUCAUACAAGUGAACGUGGGGGAGAUGACGCUGCUCGAACGAACGACGUCACUCGUUCGUGUCGUAUCCCCUGCAUUCGCCGCCUUGGCCCACGUCGAUCAAAUGCACUUGGCAUCGGCCAUCAUUCAACGCCACGGCCGCGUGCGCUACGACAUGGAGCCCUCGCAACCGACGGUGAUUGCGUUGAACGACGGCAUCGGCCAUCCGUUUCGUGUCAUGUUGGACGGGGAAUUGCAUCUGGGGCCUGAAGUGUACUUUGAAGAUCCUUCCAUGGAUGGCACCGUGCCCGCGGCGUUGCUGGCGAGUUUGGAUCGAUGCGACCCCAUGUACAUGGACACGUUUUGCGGGUCGGUGGUGUUGACUGGCGCCAUGGCCAAGCUGCCCGGUCUCAAGCGGCGACUGGUCAAGGAAGUGGUGCUCGCACGUCCGGAACUGCUGGGACAGCUCUUUGUGGACGUCCCAGAUGCGUCCGACAUGCAGCCGUACUGGGGAGCAUGCACGUACGCCAAGUACGCCGCGGACGACGAAUGGACCCAACAGGAACGAAGCCACGCCACGACAAUAUUGUAA